UAGCGGACAACUCGACGCCGCUAACACGCGUACGCGCAUCUCUAACCAUUAACCGUUCAACAGCCAAUUAUCAACUUCAUUCACUUGUAAUAAGCUUCAAAUUGGUGUUCCGCGAUUGUGUUUUCCGAACGAAUUUUUCGACUUUAGUGAGUUUACAGUUUGAUUUAAGUUUAAUAAUUAUAGUGAAGUGUAUUUUAUUUUUCGAGUUUUGGAAUAAUUUUGAAUUUCUUCUUACGUCCCAAAAUCGUGUGUGUCAAGUGAUUUAAAAAAAAUGUUUACAGUGCCGUAUAAGUCUAUAAAAUCAGAAUAAGCCUAGCUAAUAUAAAUUAUAGUAGUGUAUAAUUAAUAUUAGUGCCAGUGAUAAGUGAUCUGUGUUCUUCAAAAUGAUGACCUUGUACAGAACCAUAAAAGGGACCAGCACGACGAAGAGGAAACGGCGGGAAAGAAGCUUAGGCCCUUUUGAAACGGUGACGGGGGGAGAAAUGGUGUCACGGAGGCGUAUACUGUCGCGGUCGCGCGAUGACCUCACACAGGCUAUAGCCACCCAGAUGGAGGAAGAAGAGGACGUCUGGUACCAGAAGGACAAACUCUAUAAGGAACACAUACAAGAGGUGCUGGACAAAUGGACACAGAUCGACGACGAGAUAUGGGCAAAGGUUAUAGUUUUCGAAAAGAACCGUCGAGUUGCGAAAGCGUACGCGCGUGCUCCCGUGCUCACCAUCAACGGCUCGGACGACGGGUUCGACGGAAUGAGAAUUGGCCUUUGCGGAUUCGACAACCCACACAGAGAUCCAAAAACAGAAGAACUGAAAAAACACAUAGGACAGGGUGUCAAAAUCAAAAUGGACGACGCCGGGAACAUACUCAUCAGACGCUACUCCAAGAGUAGCGUGUUCGUGAAGAGUACCGCCGCCACCAGCACUGACGAGACGGCGAUAGGACAAGACAUCGUCAAACUACCCGGAUACGCGCUGGAACAAGAGAAAAUAUUUAAGUUGUUCGACAUGAAGAAAUUCCAAUCCAACGUGAAUCGGGAACUACGCCGCGCAUACCCAGACCGCAGGCGGCUCGAGACGCAGUGCCUGAGUGCGAUCGCUUUCGUGAAAUCAGACAACGAGCUGCUCGAGUGCCCUAUCUGGGCGCUGAUCAUCAAUGUCGUUGCGAUGGAUAUGCUUAAGUCGAAGUUGCCUCCGGUUCAAAGACCAAUGGAUAUCAAGAACAGACCCCGCAUCCCGAUACCUGAUGAAGAUCCCUACAGUAUCGCAAGUUCCAACGCCAACGGAUCAGGAUCAAGUGGCAGUUCAGGAGGAUACGGACACAACGGCCACAACGGACAUAACGGACACAACGGACACAAUGGACACGGUGUUGUAGCGGCGACGAGGGAACAACUGAUGAUGCAGAUGGGACAAAGGAGAGGUGACAAGCCUCCGAAACUGCCCCCAAGGGAAAAUGGAUAUGGUCCAGCUGAUAUUCCCAAGCCGGACUACGACGACAUUGAAAGCGAUCGUGUUCCUACACAGUUCCCGAGAGGAAAAUCUGACAAAGGAAAGGAUAAUAAGAAAUACGAUGACCCCUACUACUGCGGCCUGCGCGCGCGCGUGCCCAACUUCGUGAAAGCCAACGGCAAGCACGUCCUCCCAGCGAUGACCGAACGCCUAACCCUGAAGGAGACGCCGGUCCCCAGCAAGCGCUACAGCGUGGCCCACGCACAUCCCGGCCCCUUCCCUGGACACUUGCCGCCUUUCGCACACGCCCCAAUGCCCCAAUCGGCACUCUGGCACGCACGCUCCUACGAGAGCGGAAUCGAUGGAGAACACUACGACCCUUACGCAGUCUACGGCCGCCUGCCCAUGCCUGGACGUGGCUUCCCUCCGCCCCCCGCACCCAACGCGCGCCACAUGUUCAUCGGAGAAUGGGAUUAACCACCAUAUCCCCAUAAUAUAAGGACCAUAUUAGCUUGUAUUGAUAACAUCACUUCGAUGCAAAUUGCAAGGUUUCUCCCAUGAAAUUUUGAACUUGAAGUGAUUGUAUCAAUGACGACAUGUAAAUAAUGAUGUUGUAAAUUAUGCUUAAUAUUAUAAUUUACCAUAUGAUGUUCGUUUACAAAACUUUCAUGUUGGUAGUUAGCCUAUGCCAAUUUAGGUACUACUUAAAUGAUUUUUUUACUUUUGAUAUAAUUAUAUUUCUGUAAAAAGAAUAUUAUAAGCGAUUUUAAAUGAACAUACCUACAUUAUACAAUAGGCAACGUUUUUAUAGGUAUAAGUAAUUAAAUAUUUUUAGAUUUAAAAUAAGUGCUUUACGUUCAAUAAUCACUGCCAAUACCAUUAUUUAUAACAUAUAUCUGAAUAUCAGAAAAGAUAUUUUAAAUAAUAUCUACGAAAUAUAACAAGAUCAUUUUUGAGAUAUAAUUUUUAAUAUGAAUUAUAUAUUAUUCGAAAUCUAACAGAUAUCUUUGAAAAAUAUAUAUCUUAAUUGUAAGCUUUAUUAAUUUUAGUUAGAAUGAUUUAUGGUGUUCCUAAUGCAAAACGAAUUAUUUCAAACAAACAAAAAUAAAACUAUUGAAAAACGGUUACAAUUAAAAAACUUACAACAAUUUCGAUGACUGAUUUCUUUUCUUUAUUUAUUUAUAGUAAAACACUUUUACGUUUGUAUUGUAUUAUAUAUUAUUGUUAUUCGUUUUGCAUUAAAACGUUUAAACUUAUUUGCUUAAGUUAAGGUGUCAAUCCUAGUCAAAACAGGGUUGGAAUGUAUAAAUCUAUCGAUUGCUAUAUCUAUCUAUCUAUCCAUCGAAUCGAUAACUAUCUAUUACAAACCAUACAAACCAUGUAUCAUAUGAAAGAAAGACUGUCAUCCGAUAAAAUUACGGCUGAUUUUCAUUAGUGUAUUUUAAUUUUUUUACGGCAGAUUUUUUUUGAAAAAUUAAUCUCUUGCAUAGUAAUUUAUUUUUAUUUACAUCGUCAUUACUAAAUUGAAUUGAGUAUGAAAACAACUCAAAUGUUGAAAUUUUAUUAAUUAAUACAACUCGCUCUAAAUACCUACCUACUUCCGUUUUUGGACUGCCUUACUUCUCUUCACUUCAGACUUUUAUAAAUGAAAAAUAUAAAGCUAAAGACGUCUCGAAAGUAGCAUUUUAUUGGACACAACAAAAAAUAUUCUAUUUUUAAUGUUUUUGUAAUGUGUGUUUUUUAUAUAUUUUAUAAAAAAUAUGUUUAAUGUUAGCUUAAAUUAUGGUAUUAAGUAAUUUAGUAAACCUAUUUUUGUAAAUAGUUUUUUAUUAUAUCUUUUUACGAAAAUAGUUCUAGUGGUUAUUAUUAUAAUAACAAAUAAUUAAUUUAACAUAACAAUCAAAAUAUAUUCAAUUUUAAGUAUGAAUAUUAUUUUUUUAUCAAUACUCAAUUACUUUAAUUUUAGUUUUACUUAUCUGUCAAUAUUUUAUAUAUAAUUUUAAGUAUUUUAAUCUAAGCAUUUUUAUAUAGUAACUAACUUAAAAUAUGCAAUUUAUUUUGGAAAGAAUGUUUUGUUUUAAAUAAAUCCUUGUUUGAAUUAUAUCAAAUUUUGAAAGGGAUAAGUAGAUGAAUUUGGAAUAUCGGAGGUGCUAAACAGGUUACCAUUCUAUAUAUUGUUAAAUAAAUAUACAUAAAUUAGUUUAUUAUUACAAUUACUUUGUUGUAUUGGCAAUGUUAAAGAUCGAAAGCUAUGGAAUAUAACUUUUAACACAGAAACCUAUUCGGAAUAGUCGAGAACCAAUAGAGAAAAAAUUGUAUUUAAAUGUUUCAUUUAUAAAAAAAAAAUAGCUCGAUUGCAUCCAUAUUUAAGUAUAUAUAUGGUGUAUAUCGAUAUUCAUACAAAUCGUAAUGUUAGUAAAACUAUUUGUUGAAUAUAUUUGAUGUCAGUAAAAUCGCCAAGACUCAAUUUAGGUUCGAUAAUAUAUUUUUAUAAAAAGUCAAUAUUAAAAUUAUUAUAUUAGAAAUGUCUUGGCGACUGUACUUUAUUAUAGUUACGUAUAGAAUCAACAUCCGUCGCUCGUGUACAUUAGGGUGUUGGUAAAAUAGUAACCUAAUUUAAGGACAAUCUGUAUGAAUCAAAUAUAAAAUUAUUUUAAUAAAAA